AUGUCCGCCGCAAUUCAAGCAGCGCGGACGACGCCGCUCGACGUACCGCUUCACUUCGUCGGGGAGUCGGACGUCCUUGCACAGACAAUGGUCCGCGACCUACGAAUGUGGGAAGACCGGGGCUGGAUCGACGCACCUCUUGGGAAACUGGCCCGCGUCCUGGCCAACGUGCUACGACAACGGUGCGCAGUGACCACGUUCCAACAAGCGGAGACCCAAGACGAGCGGGCGGAAAUGGGCAAAGCGAAAAUCGAAGCGCGGGCAUGCAGAGACAUAAGAGCGGUGGCCCCUAGCAUGACAACCAACCCUGUCUUUGACCUGUCGGGAGCCCGCUUGUCAGUAAUGUCACAAAAGCUAGCAUACCGGGGUGUGGUACUCCGCAAGGGAACACCAACCCGGGCGACCACCGCCCACAAUAUAGCCAACAUCCAGAAAUCCCUGCUUACCAGCCAAGGCCUACGGGUCCACGCGUCGGACGUAUGGCGCAGUAUACGAGGCCAGGACAUGAGAAAACAGAUUUCAGAUUUUCUUUGGAAAACCAUGCACGGCGCCCAGAAGUGCGGAGUAUACUGGGAGAAAAUACCAGGGUACGAGCAGAGGGGAAUAUGCGGCCACUGCGGCGAAACUGAAUCGAUGACGCACAUUCUACUGGAUUGCACAGCCCCAGGUCAACACAUCAUCUGGUCGCGAGCGGCGGCCCUCUGGGCCCGGAAGGGCCUCCCGUGGCCGCAACGACUAAGGAUAGAGGAUAUCCAAGGAGUGAACCUGCGACGAUGGACACACGCAAGGGGUCGAAGACGGAAGGGCGCCGAGAGACUAUGGCGUAUCCUCGUCUCAGAGUCGGCCUUCCUAGUCUGGAAGCUUCGUUGCGAGCGUGUCAUCGGCCACGAAGACCAGGACGACUGGCACCACACCGAAAGGGCCAUAGUGGCACGCUGGGUGAAGGCCAUCAACGACCGAUUACACUUAGACAUGUCUCUGACCCACCGGCGCUUCGGCAGAAAGGCCAUAAAGACAGACAAGGUACUAAGGACGUGGAACGGCACGUUGAUAGACGAGCUAGCGCUACCAGAAGACUGGACGAAAUACAAUCGGGUUUUAGUGGGUAUUGAUCCGGCAAGUCUCGAGGCACGGGACGAUGGAUGA